UGAGAAAACUUAAUAGUGACGAGUUUUAUAUUGUGCUACAAGAAGAUCUCUUUCUUAUAGCCAUGGCUUCAGUAAAGGUAGCUGUGAGAGUUCGUCCCUUUAACAAAAGGGAGUCGGCGAAGAAUGCAAAGAUGAUCGUACAAAUGGAUGGCAAAAACACAAGAAUUUUGAAUAUUAAGGCAUCGAGUAAUAGCAAAGACAUCGACAGAGAGAAAUUCAAAGACUUCACGUUUGAUCAUUCUUAUUGCUCCGUUGACUCAAACGAUGACAACUAUGCAUCUCAGGAACAGGUUUUCUAUGAUCUUGGUACGGACGUAAUAGAAAGUGCCUUCGAGGGCUACAAUGCCUGCGUCUUUGCCUACGGCCAGACAGGGUCUGGAAAGACCUUUACCAUGAUGGGCACACCGGAAUCUCAAGGAUUAAUACCACGGAUCUGUAAGACGUUAUUUGCUAGAAUGGCAGCUGGUAAAGAGAGCGGAGCGUCAUAUAGAACCGAAGUAUCAUUCCUGGAAAUACACAAUGAAAAAGUGAGGGAUCUAUUGGAUCAGUCAAAGACUCAUUCUCUCCGAGUGCGGGAACAUCCUGUAAAAGGGCCUUAUGUCCAAGGCCUGUCGAGCCACCUUGUGUACGAUUAUUCAGACAUUCAGGAAUGUAUGGUGAGAGGGAACACACAUAGAACUACGGCGAGCACAAAGAUGAACGACGUGAGCAGUAGGAGUCACGCGAUUUUUACGAUCACAUUCGUGCAAGCUGGACUAUCCGAAGGCAAUAUGCCGUCGGAAACCGUUUCGAAGGUGCAUCUUGUCGACUUGGCUGGAAGCGAACGUGCGAAUGCAACGGGUGCGACAGGCAAACGACUAAAAGAGGGUGCACAUAUCAAUAAGUCACUGGUAACAUUAGGUUCUGUGAUAUCGGCGCUCUCGGAAAUUAGUUCCAUGGGAGACACGUCUUCCUCUUCUAAGCGCAGUUCCUUCAUACCUUAUCGAGAUAGUGUACUGACGUGGUUGUUGAAGGACUCCCUUGGAGGUAACUCAAAAACGAUUAUGAUAGCUACUAUUAGUCCGGCGGAUUGUAAUUACGGCGAGACCCUCAGUACGCUCAGGUACGCUAACCGAGCGAAAAAUAUUAUUAAUAAACCUACCAUUAACGAAGAUCCGAACGUUAAAUUGAUUAAAGAACUCAGAGAGGAGAUAAGAACAUUGAAAUCUCUUAUGAAGGAAAUGAGCCUUGAAAGACCACCGCAAUUAUUAUUAGAUCAAAUACAUGAGAAACAAAAGCAAGAAAAAGUUUUGACCGAGGAAUGGACGGAAAAGUGGCGAGAAACUCAGCAGAUUCUCCAAGAGCAAAAAGCACUAGGUCUCCGCAAAAGCGGCGUCGGCGUCGUUUUAGAUUCGGAGAUGCCACAUUUAGUAGGCAUCGAUGAUGAUCUUCUUAGCACUGGUGUUACACUUUACCAUUUGAAAGAGGGUAGAACUUUAGUGGGAACGGAAGAAGCACCAACCACACAGGAUAUUGUAUUGACUGGUGCGGAUGUCGAGCCAGAACACUGUGUGGUGGAGCUAGACAGUGGCAUAGCAAUAUUACAUCCGCUUUCUCCUCACUGUUGGAUCAACACCGCUCAAGUAGACAAGCCAACGCGGCUGUCACAAGGAUGUAUUAUCCUCCUUGGCCGGAACAAUAUGUUCCGAUAUAACGAUCCAGCUGAAGCGGCGAAAUUAAGAAAGGAAGGUGGAACGGGUAAUGGUAACUUACAAUCCACGGUCGCCAAUCUUUCAAGAUUGUCUCUCUUGAGUUGGAGUGUCUCGGAUUUGCAUGCUUCAUCAUCUAGCGAUAACCUUUUAAAUUCGAGCGAAGAUCUCCGAGCGCUUGAAGAACUAGAACAACAAAAAGCAGCCCUUAUCAAAGAAAAAGAAGACUUCAAGAGAGAGCAGGAAGAACGAGAAGAAAGAUGGGCCGCGAGAAGAGAGGCUCUAGAAGGAGCGCAGCGCGAAUUGGAACGCGAAUGGGGUGCCCAAUGGAAAGAAUGGGUUGACGCCAUAGCGGCUUUGGAAUCACGGCAACGCGAAUUACACACGAGACGUCAGGUCCUGGAGCAAGAGCGCCGGGAUGAAAUGACGCAAGUAAAGGGUUUAGGUAGGGAAGUUGCGUCUCUUCGUACAACAUUGCAGUCCAAACAUCGUCAGUUUCAAGAGUUCAUGAGCAAUCACGAAUGCGCACAAAAAUUUCAUCAAUGGUGGGAGAAGACGGACGACGGUGCUGGUAGCGACGGCAGCUUGCCAGAAUCCUGGUCGAGCUUGAACGAUGAUAAAUGCGUUGACGCGGUGAGAGAGCUUGUUAAUCAUCAUAAGAAAGAAUUGGCUGUAUUGGAGACUGAGCUACAGAACAAGGUGAAAUCCCUCAAUGAACACCAGAGCAAGGUAGACAAGAUGGAAGAAGAGUUGAUGGAGAUAGCUAAAACGCAAAAGCAUAUGUUUAAUCUCGAGUUUGAAGGAGAAGAAAACACAGAGAAGAAGUUGUUGUUGGCGACGCGGAGCCAAGAGCAAUUGCAGGAGAUCCUGAGAAGAAAACAAAGUCUUUCAUUAAACUUGAAGCGUGCAUUGCCUGCUUCACCAGGUGAUCGUUCCUUGAGCGACGACGAAUUUAUUCACAAUGGAGAUAUUGAAUCGUUGCAGGGGUGCAAUAGAAAACUUCAGAUAGCUUCUGCCUUGAGUCUACUGCCACAAAAUAUUCCAAGUUCUAUAGACACAGCAGAUACUUUUCAUACAGCUGCAGCUGACUCGCCUGAACCUAGAAUUCUGUUUGAAAAUUCGGAAACAAAAGAAUCUCAGACAUCAUCAAGUGAUAAGCAAAGAGAACCUAACAAGCAGCAGAAAUCUUCCCCAGAAGUCCACUUAGAGAAUGAUAGAGCUAAAUUGUGUGGAGUAGAAAGCAGAAGUUUGUUGAACUUAGAUAGAAAGUCUUCAAUAGAUACGAUCAUCAAGUCAGAAAAGUGUAAUGGCAGCGUUAACAGUGAGAAAACAGAAUCAAUGUCUCCAACGAAUUCUAUUACGGAGGAGGAUAUUCCUGAAGAUUCGCUGGAGUCACCUGUGCAACAAAAUCCAGCGAUGAAACGAUUGAACAAAAAAAUCGCUCGUCAACGAAAAAUGGUGGUGAGGUGCCUAGAGCCCGGCACACCCUCGAAAGAAGAUCUGAAUAGACAAAUUGCGAUCUUACAAGAUCUUCAAAAGCAGCAAAUUGAAUUAGAAGUAUCGCUUUUAGAAGACGAACGAAAGAAUCUCAAGCAACAAUCAGAAUGUAAUGAUAGAUUGACAGUUGAUGAUGCGAAUGAUCCUGCACAAACAGUAGAAACAAUUUCGUGCCGUGAUGUAGAGUCCACGACUAGCUCAGCCACGUUGCUGACCGUGGCCACAAUGCAAUCUCCAAUUCUCAGGAACCACAGGCCUAAUAUCAAUGGGGAGAACUUCUUAGAAUCGGUAGUGCCACGAAUAUCAGCGGGAAGAGGAUAUUCAACAGUAUAUUUAACGAGUCAAAAUCGAGGUGAUCGUUUGAGUAGCCCAUAUUCCCUGACAAUCACGAGGUCUUUGCCAUCUUUGAUAGCAAACGAAGCCGAUAACGACAAUGUGAUUAACAGAAUCGUUAGUAUACCUUCCUACGUGUUACGUGGAGCUGGCACGUCCAGUCACUACGAAUAUGAGGUACGCGUCGUAGCGCAGGACGAUAGCUGGACGCUCUUACGUAGAUAUAGGAGAUUUCGAGAACUGUAUAUUUCUAUGAGACAAAUGUAUGGUAGCAAGGUAGCAGCAAUACGCUUUCCACCUCGACAAGUUUUUCCAAGAUAUGAAGUUGUGGCACGGCAACGUAGAAAACGACUAGAAGAAUAUUUACGACGGUUGAUUCAGAUCUGCUCAGAAUUGCCGCACUGUGAGCCUCUCUACAAGUACAACGGCAACUUAAGUAACAUAGAUAAGCAAUCGUUGCUGGAAUUUAGUUCGUUCUUCAGACGUGGAACGUUCGAAAGCAGCAAAUACGGAACAAGUUAAAUAAUUAAAGAAAAAAGACUACACAUGAUUCUCCGAAUAUAGAAGAAUGAACAAAUUCGAGUGGACGCAUAAUAGAUAUUUAUAAUUCGUUAUGUAUUUUUUAUAUCGAUGAACUGGAGAAAAGCUAAAGUGGGAAAAAAUAUUAGCAAAGUAUAAUUACCACUUUUUGCGAUGAUUAUUAUGUAUUUGCCAAAAUACGUUUCCAAAAGUUUAUUGUUUAUAAGACUGAUAUAUAUAUCGCAUAUUUAAUAUUUGUUUUAUUCUUAGCAUUAAUAAAAGAAAAAAGAUAUUGUGAAAUUUCUAUUUAACGGGAAACAAAGAUCUGAUGUGUCUCGAAGCUAUUCUCGACACGAAAAUCAUACAUUAAAGUUAACAUCGAUGAAAUUACACGAUUUGAUUACUUGUUACGGGUUACGAAUAUUUUCCUAUUGUUUUUCUCCCGUUAAAAUUUUUGCAAUUUUCCAAGUGUACCUUUCUUGUUUCUCAAACGAAAUUAUUGAUUCCAUUGAAUCUAAAAUUGCGUCUAUCACUAGUAAAAUAUGUAGCUAGUACCAAUAUUGUUACAAGAUACGCACGAUAUAAAGAAUAAUUUGUUGUGCGCACAACCACGGUGACCAUAAUCGGGCGUUUAUACUCGUGAUAAUAAUUAGAUUUCAUAAAUGAUCGCGUUUAUUUUUUCGUCGAACAGCGUCUUUUACACAUCGUCAGGACUGAAAAUUGACUGGAUCUUAAAAGAAGCAAAAAAUAAAGAAAGAAAAA